UACAAUUAUUAUGAGGUAUACACGUUAUUAUUGUGUAACCGAGCGCGCCGAUGUUUUAAUGGUCCCGCGAGAUGUUGAUUAUUCAACUACAACAUAGACGUCGUACGAUAAUAUUAUAAUAUUAAAAAUCCAUCGACCGACGAGUGACGGGACACCGUAGUGAACUCGAACGGACGUUUCAAUUCGAUUGGCUUUUUCGUCGAGAUGCUGGCCAAAAUCGUAAUCGCGUGUUUGGCGUUCUUGUCCGUGGGCCGUGCCUGCGAAGAAAAUAACUUGCAGCCUUUGGAAACGGCCAAGACGUCGGUAAAAUGGACGGACAACGGCUUUAAAAUGUCCAUAUUCGGUAACCCGGACAAAUAUAUAUCGCAUUCGAUGUACAUCGUAACGAUCGAAAGUGAAAAUUUGGAUUUUAAUUCAUUUCUGGUAACCGCGGAACGCGAUUGCCAUGGUACAAUUAGCGAAGAUUGUGGCGAUCCUGCAUCACCGGACCGCUCAGGUUCGCUUCAAUUACUAUCGUCUGACGACGGCGCUACGUUCCACCCGGAGUGUAUUAACACUAUUGUCCAGUCUGCGGAAGUUAAGCUGCAAAAGUUGCGGUUUGUGUGGUCAGCCCCGAAAACCGGAAGCGGUUGCGUAUACAUAAGGGCUUUGAUAACCUAUGAAAAUGGUUACAAUAAAUAUCAAAAUAUUGAACUGAUGAAGGAACUAUGUGAAAUGUCUUUUGAUACAGCAACAAAGUUAAAUGCAUUGGUUGAAGCCGAAAGUUGUUGCACUUGUGACGAAGCCGUUUAUGAGAUGAAAUUUGAAGGACUUUGGUCGCCAGAGACUCAUCCAAAAGACUUUCCAAGUGCUUUGUGGCUUACUCACUUCAGUGACAUAAUCGGAGCAACACACGAUAAAAACUAUUCCUUUUGGGCUGAGGGUCAGUGGGCCACUGACGGUGUUAGACAGUUAGCCGAAUGGGGUUCAACCGCGAUUUUAGAAUCUGAACUAAGGCAACAGAAGAAACAUUUGAGAACUUUGAUUAAAGCCGCAGGGCUUUGGCAUCCACGAGUAAACGCUAACGCCACGUCUAAAUUCCGAGUGGACAAGAAACAUCAUUACAUCUCCCUGGCUUCUAUGCUCGGCCCAUCUCCUGAUUGGAUUGUAGGUGUCAACGGCCAUAAUUUAUGCGAAAAGAACUGUCAAUGGGUUCAAAACAGAAGUAUAGACUUGUACGUCUACGACGUUGGAACAGACAGCGGACGCACAUAUAUGUCACACAAUCAAGAAACUUCACCACAUGAACGCAUUUUUCGAAUCACUCCUAUGUAUCCGGAUGAUCCCAGAUCGCCUUUUUUCAACGAAAAUGGCAACGAUAUGGCCCCUUUGGCGCGUUUACAUUUGAACAGAAUCAACGUUAUACCGAAGUCUUGUACUGAUAAGGUUAUAACAGAUUUGAUGGACGAACUCGUAGUGUCGGAGAAUUCACAAGAUGUAUUUAGGCCUGAAUGUGCUGUUUCAAAAUACUCUGAAUGGACCAAGUGUAACGUGGCCUGUGGCAAAGGUCUCAGAUCAAGAAGUAGAAAUUAUUUAAAUGAGACCGCUGCUCAGCAAUAUGGUUGUGACAGACAAUUGGUAUCGAAAGAAAUGUGCCUGUCCUCGGUGCCUAUUUGCCCUGGUGAAACGGAACAAGAAGACGACAGCUUGCUAAUAGAUGAUGCAAAAUGUAACACCACGGAAUGGACACCAAUGUCUGAGUGUUCAGUAUCAUGCGGUAUUGGAUUCAUGUUCCGCACCAGACAAUUUUUAGAUCACACAAGUUACAAAAAGUGCCGUCACAUCGGACUUGUCAUGAAGAAGAAAUGCAUGCAACCAGCUUGUACUAAAGUUGCUGAACAGUCGUCUUUUACUAGCAUAUGUCCAGUGACCGAAUGGAGUAUGUGGAGUCCAUGCAAUGUAACUUGUGGCCAAGGCUUAUCGAUCAAGUCUCGACUGUUACUCGUGUCUGGUGAAAAUUACACAAAAUGUAUCGAUAAAGUCGUGCUGGAGGAAACUCGAACAUGUAACGGGACGCGCCCUACUUGCGAAAUUGAUUCGUCUCUUGCUAAAGAAAUAUGUAGCAUGGACAAAAAUGAAGGAGCUUGUAACGUCAAUGCAGUGCGUUAUUACUACGAUAAAGAAUUGAAGACUUGUAAACAGUUCAAGUACGGCGGAUGCCGGGGUAAUGAAAAUAAUUUUAAAAGUGUCAAAGAAUGCUAUAAAGUGUGUCACGGCGUGAUUUGAAGACAUUGCGUAUUUAAAAAAUAAGUGUCGUUUGAAAGCACAUAGUUUUAAGAUACAUAAUGACAUAGUACUAUAAUGUAUAUAUAAUAGGACAUAAUAUAUAUAGGUGGUAAAAACUUUUACUAUAUUAUACGUACAACAGUACGUUGUACACUUCAAUGCGCCAUACAAAAUCAAUGAAUAUAUUUUGACUGUAAAAUCCUAAUUAUAAUAACGAUAUUAAUAUAUUAUUAUUCCCGUGUUACAACUA